AGUGGGGCGCCAGGGAGAGAGAGGGAGAGAGAGAGCCCGGCGUUCGCUCUGGGCUGGGGGAGGAGGUGGUGGCGGCCGAGGGGAAGAAGGAGAGAGAGGGAGGGAGGGGAAGCAGGGCCAGCGGCAGCGACGGGGUUAGGGUGAUGGUGCAGGUUCCCGGGGCCCGCGCGGAGCUGCCGAGCUGAGGGGCGCCUGGUCCGGGGUCCGCAGCGCCGCCGCGUCGUUCCCGGGAACGGGCGGGAAGAUGCUGAGCAGGUUGAUGAGCGGCAGCAGCAGGAGCCUGGAGCGCGAGUACAGCUGCACCGUGCGGCUGCUGGACGACAGCGAGUACACCUGCACCAUCCAGAGAGAUGCCAAAGGCCAGUACCUGUUUGACCUUCUUUGCCACCACCUGAACCUGCUUGAGAAAGACUAUUUUGGAAUCCGCUUUGUGGACCCAGAUAAGCAGCGGCAUUGGUUGGAGUUUACCAAGUCUGUGGUGAAGCAGCUGAGAUCCCAGCCUCCAUUCACCAUGUGCUUCCGAGUGAAGUUUUACCCAGCAGACCCUGCUGCCCUGAAAGAAGAAAUAACCAGGUAUUUAGUCUUCCUACAGAUCAAAAGGGAUCUCUACCAUGGCCGCCUCCUGUGUAAGACGUCGGAUGCUGCCUUGUUAGCUGCUUAUAUCCUUCAAGCGGAAAUCGGCGAUUAUGACCCAGGGAAGCACCCCGAAGGCUACAGCUCCAAGUUCCAGUUUUUCCCCAAACAUUCGGAGAAGCUGGAAAAGAAAAUCGCCGAGAUUCAUAAGAUGGAACUCAGUGGCCAAUCACCAGCAACAUCAGAGUUGAACUUCUUAAGAAAAGCUCAAACAUUGGAAACAUACGGAGUGGACCCUCACCCGUGCAAGGACGUGUCGGGGAAUGCUGCGUUUCUGGCCUUCACGCCUUUUGGGUUUGUGGUUCUCCAAGGAAACAAGAGGGUCCACUUCAUCAAAUGGAAUGAAGUGACCAAGCUGAAAUUUGAAGGGAAAACUUUCUAUUUAUACGUAAGUCAGAAAGAGGAGAAGAAAAUUAUUCUCACCUAUUUUGCACCAACUCCAGAAGCCUGCAAGCACCUCUGGAAAUGUGGGAUUGAGAACCAAGCCUUCUACAAGCUGGAGAAGUCAAGCCAAGUCCGCACGGUGUCAAGCAGCAACCUGUUCUUCAAGGGCAGCCGGUUCCGGUACAGUGGGCGCGUUGCAAAGGAGGUUAUGGAAUCGAGUGCCAAGAUCAAGCGGGAACCACCAGAAAUACACAGAGCGGGGAUGGUUCCCAGCCGCAGCUGUCCCUCCAUCACGCACGGCCCAAGGCUGAGCAGCGUCCCCAGGACCCGCAGAAGGGCUGUCCACAUCUCCAUCAUGGAAGGCCUUGAGUCCCUACGGGACAGUGCCCACUCCACACCAGUGCGUUCCUCUUCCCACGGGGACACCUUCCUGCCUCAUGUGAGAAGUAGCCGGGCGGACAGCAACGAGCGGGUAGCCGUGAUCGCAGACGAGGCCUACAGCCCUGCGGAGAGUGUGCUGCCCACCCCCGUGGCCGAACACAGCCUGGAGCUGCUGCUGCUCUCCCGGCAGAUCAACGGAGCCACCUGCAGCAUCGAGGAGGAGAAGGAGUCCGAGGCCAGCACACCGAGCGCCACAGAGGUGGAGUCCCUCGGAGGAGAGCUGAGGGCCCUGUGCCAGGGGCACGGCGGGCAGGAGGAGGAACAGGUGAAUAAGUUUGUUUUAAGUGUCCUCCGUUUGCUCCUUGUGACCAUGGGACUCCUCUUUGUUUUGCUCCUCCUCCUGAUCAUCCUUACCGAGUCUGACCUUGACAUUGCCUUUUUCCGUGAUAUCCGCCAGACUCCCGAGUUUGAACAAUUCCACUAUCAAUACUUUUGUCCCCUCAGGCGAUGGUUUGCCUGCAAAAUCCGCUCUGUGGUGAGUCUGCUCAUUGACACCUGAGAAGGCAUGACUCCUCCCAAAAACUAGCCAGGUGGACCCAGGAGCCCGGCUACCCGUUCCCAGCAAGGGGACCCAUCGCGGAACCAUCGGCACACACACCAAGUCCUCUCAUGACUGAGUCCACUGCAGCCUAGGAGGGUUACUGCCCAGAAGAGGAAAGGGAUAGGCUCACAAACUGUCAAACCGACUGGGGAAACUCAGUUUCUGCAGUGUCUUUCAAGAAAAGGCUCAGCAGUUCUGGUUCUCAUCCCUUCGAUUUGCCAGAAUAACUGGUUUUGAAUUUUUGUUUUUUCAUAGAUGUGUAUUAUUUUGGAAGUAUCAAAUAAAAUAAUUUAUUUUGCUAUUA